AACAUAUAUAGAGCAGCAUUUGUAUUUAGAUAUGCCAUAUACUUCUACCUAAUAGCUGUUAGAUAACCCGUUGCUCCCUUCCUGAUCUAGCUUGAAAAAUAUCUCGAUAGACUCCUCGCACUCGACAUCUUGAAUCUGCAGCCAUGAUUCGCUCACCUACCGAUCGGGAUGAACUACACCGUCACGUAUCCAUCAGUACGCUUCCAAGGUUAGCUCGAGCGGGUACAUUCGAGAUCGAAAUACAUUAUUUCAUGAAGCACCUCCGCUAUCGAGCCCGGAAACUUGGGAAACUCUGCAAAAGGCUCGCUAGGGUUAUCGGUAGAAUCCUGAAAUAUCUCGCGUUCGCUCUAUACCUUCCUUGUGUAUGCUUCUUCAUCCUUGCAGACGAAUUCGGAAUGUCUACGACACAAAAAUCUACAGAAGAGCCUUUAGACGAAAUUGUAUAUUUUCCACAUCCGGAAUCCUCUAGCGACGUCAAUUUCAAUGUGGUGAUCAUAGAGACACGGGAGGUUGAAGGCUGAAUGGCGAAGCUUAAACCCUGAAGGAAAC